UCGUUGUAUAUGUGGUAAUACGGUAAAACAUGGUCUCUUAAAUGUGGGAUGACACGUUUCCGCGUGGUUAUGCUUUAAAGUAUUGCGAGCUAUAUUUAUACUGCUAAAUUGUUUGGGAUUAACGUUAUUUCCUCUUGUCGUUGUUGAUUGUUGUGUCUGCCGAUUCCCUCGGGCCUGUCGUUGAGAGAGCCAGCAGCCCUCACCAUGCUGACCCCCGCGUUUGAGCUCAGCCAGGAGGCAGACUUCCUCCUCUUGAGCAUCCGCGUGCCCUACACCAGGACCUCCGAGUUCGACCUCUACAUCGACGGCGAAGACUUCAAGUUCUACGCCAAGCCGUACUUCCUCAGGUUGACCCUCCCGGGAAGAAUAGUGGAAGAUGGUAGAGAAAAGGCCUCAUUUGAUGUUGACAAAGGCCUUUUCUCUCUUCGUGUCCCAAAGGAGACUCCAGGCGAGCACUUUGAAGGGCUCCAGAUGUUGACCAGUCUUUUGGCUCCAAAGGGAUCCCGAUCGGCCAGACCCCUAGUGGAGGACAUGGAAGCCUGUAGUGGGACUGUGGAUGGUGAGGAGGAAGAGGAGGAGGAGGAGGAAGAGUUUGACUGGCAGGUCGAUCAGCAGGUGUACAAAGAGAACUCUGAAGAAGAAACGAACGCCCUCCAGAAAUACGGCUUUGGGAAUCUGAGAUCAGGCGUGUUCGCCAGACUGCAGGAUGAGCUGAGCGACGUCGUAGACGUGAAGACGCCUGACUGCGCCACGGCGACGGAGAGGAGGGAGGAACGUCUGGCCGCAGAGAUCGCCAAGUUUGACCCAGAUCAUUAUCUGGCUGACCUCUUUGAAGACGAUGCGGUCCAAAGCCUGCUUAAGUUCCGUCCGUGGUGGCACGAAUCCAGCCAAGACCCAGGUGUGACCUUCUCUGAGGAGGAGAAGGACCAGCUCCGGAAGUUCACCAACCGAUCGUACCUGCUGGACAGGAAGUCCCGCCUCCACGCCUGGCUGGGCCUGCUGGACGUGGUCCUGGCGUACGCGUACGACGUGCGCGCCACGGAGGGCGAGCACAAUGUGGAGUCUUCAUGGAACAUCAGGAAACUGAGUGGAACACUCUGCUGGUUAGAGACCUACAGCUCCGUGCAGGAGGUCCUGGUGUCGUUCGGGAGGAGGGUUUUAUGCUACCCGCUGCACAGGCACUUUGGACUGGUCACCGCCGCCAUCAAAGACGCCGCGCUCAUUCUCCGUUCAGGGAAGGCUUGUGUCCUGAAGUGCCUGCUUGAUGUUCACAAAAUCUUCAGGGAGAAUGAUCCAGCCUACAUCCUGAACGACCUCUACAUCACUGACUACUGUGUCUGGAUUCAACGAGUCAAGGCAGAGAAGCUGACGGCGCUGGCCGAGCCCUUGAGGAAGACCUCCCUCCUGAAGAGCGACCUGGGGCUGCAGCUGCCGGAGCUGGAGAGGGCCGCCGAGCUGGUGGUGGAGGAGGAGCAGCAGGAUAGGAGCAGAGACAGAGGAGCUCAGCGCUCCCGCAGCAGGGAGGACUCCACCACCUCCUCCUCCUCCAGCGGUGACUCCGAGGAGAGCCAGGACUCCUCGGCGGAGGGGAGGGGAGGAGGGGAGCCUGCAGCCGGAGGUCCCCUGGGUCCGGCCCCAGUCCCAUCAUGCCCCCCGGCCCCCCGGGCCCGCCCUCCCGCUCACACCGCCCAGUCCCCGCUCGUCCAGGAGCUGGGAGAGAGAGUGCAGGCGGAGCUGAGGAUCUCUGCGCUCCCUCAGGGGGCAGCUUCCUGGAGCGGCAGAGUGAGGGAGGGGGAGGGGGAGAGAGGAGAGGGAGACGGAGAGAGAGUGCAGGCGGAGCUGAGGAUCUCUGGGCUGCCCGAGGGGGCAGGUUCCAGGAGCAGAGGGGAGGGGGAGGGAGAGGGAGGUAGAGAGAGGGAGAGGGAGAGGGAGGUAGAGAGAGGAGAGAGGGAGAGGGAGGUAGAGAGAGGAGAGAGGGAGGGAGAGGGGGAGAGAGGAGAGGGAGACGGAGCAGUCACUUCUCACACUACCGCAGUGCAGGGAGACGCACACACCGCCCCUUCCAGGACUUUCUUAGAGGUGCGACCUCGGAGAAACCCCCUGCUGAUGGUGCCGACCGGUGAUGAGGACGAUGAUGACGACGGUGGUUUGGAUUGAACACGAGGAGGAAGAGCGCAGAGUGGUGAAGAACGGAGAAUCCUUUCGAGGAGUGACUAUUCACACUGAAUUAUCAGACUCCGCUUCACACUUCUGGAAAUGGAUGCUCUAAACAUAAGGGUGUGAUGAACAGGGAAAAUAGACACUCUGGAUUUUGGAAUUUUGUCUUCUAUCUUUUAAUGAGUACAGUGGAAAGUGUGAUUUUGCUUUUCUUGUACAGCUUCAGAUGUACUUUACAUUGUAUAUGAAGUGUGUAAUAUACUAUAAAUGUUUUAAUUGGCUUUUUGCCUUCCUUAAUAUGGUCUAAGAUGACUUUUCUAUGCUUGUUCUGAAGAAACUAUUUUGUGAAGCAAGGGAAAUUUAAUGUAAUAUUUUAAUUUCCUAAAUUGAUGCUGCAAUUUUCAGGUUUUAUUUUUUUAUAUAAAUAUAAAUAACUAGUCCCGUUCAACCUGAAAACAUUGACUGUGGGUGUAUUAUAAGUGUCUUAUAAGUCUUUAAAAAUGUUUUAAUUAUAUCAAUUUGCCUGCCA